AGAGAUGAAUUCCGUCACUCAUCGUUUUCUCUUCCUUUAAUAAACCCUAGAACUUCCAAUUCCUUCACGAUGCAAGAUAUAUUCGGAUCAGUUCGUCGAUCACUGGUGUUCCGAACACCGAAUACCGACGUUGCAGAUGACGGUAAUCAUCUAGUUGAGAAGAUCAAUUCCUGUCUUCGAAACUCCAGAGUUUUCUCCAAGCUCUCGCCACCACCGCGUGCGUUGCCGUCAACCGCCGUUAAAGAUGGCGGUGACGCUGCUGUGCGUCCUAUACGUUGGAGAAAAGGAGAAAUGAUAGGAUGUGGUGCUUUUGGACAGGUUUAUAUGGGAAUGAAUCUCGAUUCUGGUGAACUUCUCGCCGUCAAACAGGUUAUGAUAGCUGCAAACAGUGCUUCAAAGGAGAAAGCUCAGGCCCAUGUUAAGGAGCUUGAGGAGGAAGUCAAGCUUCUCAAGAAUCUCUCCCAUCCGCAUAUUGUUAGAUAUCUUGGAAUUGUGAGAGAAGAAGACACAUUAAAUAUUUUGCUGGAAUUUGUACCUGGUGGAUCUAUAUCAUCCCUUUUAGGCAAAUUUGGAUCUUUCCCCGAGCCCGUUAUAAGAACGUACACUAAGCAACUGCUCCUAGGACUGGAUUAUCUUCACAAGAAUGGAAUCAUGCAUAGAGAUAUUAAGGGGGCUAAUAUCCUUGUUGAUAACAAAGGUUGCAUAAAAGUGGCUGACUUUGGGGCAUCAAAGAAGGUUGUUGAACUGGCUACUGUAUCAGGUGCCAAGUCCAUGAAGGGCACACCAUACUGGAUGGCUCCUGAGGUCAUUCGUCAAACCGGUCAUAACUUCUCUGCUGAUAUAUGGAGCGUAGGAUGUACUGUAAUAGAGAUGACCACGGGCAAGCCUCCCUGGAGCCAACAGUAUCAAGAGGUCGCUGCACUCUUCUAUAUUGGGACAACAAAAGCUCAUCCCCCGAUCCCUGAACACGUGUCUGCUGAAGCAAAAGACUUUCUGCUGAAAUGUUUACAGAAGGAACCAGAGUUAAGGCCAUCAGCUAGUGAGUUGUUACAGCAUCCAUUUGUCACCGGUGAAGCACAACUAUCUCUUCCUGAUGGUUCUAGUUCUAUGAUGGGCAAAUCUCAAGGUCAUUCUUAUUCGAGUGGGCAUAAUGUGAAAAGCGUUGCCGGUUCAGUAGACAUCUGCAACUUGGGCACCUUGAAUAUCUCAACAGAAAAUACUGAUAACUUGUCGGAGGCUAGAAAUAUGUGGAGAGGAAACAGUAGUGAUGAUGACAUGUGUCAGAUUGAUGAUACUGAUAAUUUUCUCUUGGGUGGAGGAACUGUUAAGACGGGGGAUGACUUCAAUAAGAGUUUCAAUCCCAUUGCUGAGCCCUCGGAUGAUUGGAGCUGUGAUUAUGACAUGACUCCUCAAUCGCGACAAGGGAAUACGGAUUUAGUUAACAAUCAAGAAGGUGGCUUAGGUGCUGGAAUUUCACUCACACCUAACAACAAUUCUGCAGUUUUUUGUGGUCCUUCCAUAUCAGAAGAUGAGGAUGAGCUUACCGAGUCUAAAAUCAGAGCCUUCCUGGACGAAAAGGCUCUUGAACUAAAGAAACUGCAGACACCUCUGUAUGAAGAGUUCUACAACAGUUUGAAUCCUUCAUACUCUCUACAGUUAGCUGAGGCUACAAGUGAUGAAACUACACCAAAUUACUUGAAGUUACCCCCGAAAAGUAGGUCACCAAGUCGGGGUCCUAUUGGAAGCCCGUCUACAGGAAUUGAUAUGAUCAGUAGUCCAAGCCCUGGAAGUAGCAACAAGCGAACAUCAUGUAUUGGCAGCGGAAGCAACCAAGACUAUGAUGACAGUUCACCGCAGUCUAAUGAGCGGAGGCAAUCAAAUAGUCCAAUUGCAAGUUUUAGCGAGAUUCAAAGGAAGUGGAAGGAAGAGCUUGACCAAGAGCUUGAAAGAAAGCGAGAGAUGAUGCGUCAAGCUGGUGUGGGAGGAAAAACAUCUUCUCCCAAGGAUCGAGCUUUGAAUCGACAGAGAGAGCGUUCAAGGUUUGCAUCUCCAGGAAAGUGACUGUAUAUUUCUAUAUCAGCAUGCAUAGCUCAAGGAAGAGGUUAUUUUUUCCACCCUUCUAUGAAGCAUCAUUACUGUAUAUGUUACCACAUUUGGCGACACAGAUGCGCUAAAAACUAGUCACAGGGUUGGUCCAUGUGCUGUUGUUUUGCUUCCACCUCACAAGCCGACAACAAAAUGAUAUGUUACCACUCGGGAUUGAUCCUCCUUCCAUUAUUUUCCUUAUAUUUUUCUUUUUCUCCCCUUCUCAAGGAAGGGGAUGCUGAGUUUAUUGUGUGUUCUUGAGUUGUAAAAUUCCUUCAUGUAGGACAAUCAGCAUAGGUAUGGCAGAUUGUAGCCACCUGAUAUGUCCUGUUCCACUUUCCUGCAAUGAGUUGUUUCCAGUUUUAUGAUUCAUAUUGAAGCGCAGAUGUAAUUUGCCUGAAAAUUUGUUGCGAGUGCAUUUAUCUGA